AUGGAUGAGGGGCGACUUUCAUGGAGAAUUCUUGCCGACAAAAAAGUCGUGGCUGCAUUUAUUCGCCCAGGCGUAUCGCAGAAGACUGUCGAUACUUUUGUUGAGGAAUUCGCAAAAGGCAGGGAUAUAGGCGAUACAUGGGUUGUUCAUCCUACACGAUCCCACGGAGACUGUGGGGUCAACGAGCUGUUAAAGAUAGCUACGACAAAGUUCAAGACCGCAGACUGUGAAUACUACCCCUACUUUGUGGUACUAAUUGACGAUCGCACAACGGAAGAUGGCACCGUGUUGCUUGGGCAGCAGGAUCCGUGGUAUCCCCCAAGAUGGACGUUGCGAAUCACUCCACGAAGUUUGUCAUGUUUCCUCAGCGUUGCAGACAUAGGCCAUACCACGAUUCAAGGAGUCUUGGCCAACGAUAAGCCGGAGGAUGAUGAUUUAUGGGUGCAUGAUGUCCCUUUUGACCAUUCAGUUGCUAAUAAGCAUCAGAACGAGCGGCACUUGGUAAGUGUCAGCCAAGAUGAAGACCGUCAUCAGAACGCCGAACGCAUCAGCAGAGUCACAGUUAACGGCUUGACGAUACAGUGGUACGGCGAAGUACCUGAAAGCGUCCUUGUCCUCAGUGGAGUAUACGAUGGGAAACGUGAAGUAUGCGCAUAG